AUGUCUCACUCACCAUCCAACCACGGAUCGACCUCUGGAUUUGAUAUCAUCAGUUCACCUAGCCAUCAUAGCUCCGACAAUCAUGCUGCGUCUCACACCGCAACCUACCGAGAUCCACCCCCUUCUGAGCAUACUGACUCAGAACACGACCAUCCGCACGCUUCCUCCUCACCAUCUCAUCCCUCUUCUCAUCGCUCGUCUCAUCCUCACGUAUCUGACAGCGAGCCCGACGAUUAUCCCGAGACCGCGCCUCCUCGCGACGCAGACGUUGACGACCUCACGGAUCGCUUUGGUAAAGCAUUUUCCGAUGGAUCUCCCCGACGUACUGGCACAUCCAAUCCUCAAGACUCCCAUACAAGUCAGCAAGGCUCUCGAUCCCAUCGCCCGACGAAUAACUCACCACCCAAGGCGCAGUUUAGUGACCAACCCCGAGGCCGAUCGGAUUCGAAACCCAAGGUACUUCCGAAGGGCUUAUCCACUGAAGAACGACGUCAAGCUCGACAAGGACACUUCUCCCACAGCCGAGGAACCUCGCCUGAAUCUGGACGAGAAAGAUCAUCUUCUCGACAUGGUGUCUAUGAGCUUCCUCCGCUCAACACGCGGAAUGCUCCUAGAAAGUUCACAGGUAAGGCCGAAGACAUAGCUGACUUCCUUGACCAUUAUGAGCGACUUCUUAAGCGUUACAAGGUUGUGAGAGAUCGUGAGAAAUGUAACGCACUUCUUCAAUACUGUUCGACGCAAGUCAAGCGGUAUAUUAAAGGAGUUCGUGAAUUUGCCGACCACAACUGGGCAGGACUUAAGAAGAACUUGCUUUUCUACUACGACGCUGAGAAGGCAGACCGCAUGUACACCGCCUGCGAUGUCAUGGAGUUCGCCUACAAAGCCCGUGAGAAGAAGAUUCGCAACUUAGCUCAGUGGAAGCAGUACUACCGACGACUCACCCGACGAUCAGGAGCACUCGUGAACUCUGGCGAGAUUGAGGAAGCAGACGAAGCGUAUUAUCUCUGGAUGGGUAUUCAUCCUGACCUUCAAUCUCAGAUGGAGACUCACAUUGAGAUGAAGCGCGAGUUACGAGGAUCCGACACUGAAGACGAAGAAGAGCAAGAGCCGUAUACGAAUGAGGAAAUUUCCUCAGCCGCUCGUCACCUAUUCAGGAGGAACCGCUUCGUGACUCGUCGGUUCGAUGCUGACCGUUUUGGACAGAGACCAGGAGCAGAAUCCUCGGGUUCCGAGACCGAAUCCGAUGACGAGGGUUCGACAGACGAUUCUGACAUGGAGAAGCUCCGCCGUAAGCUCAAGCUCGGACGCAAGCACAAGACGAAGAAGAAGGAGGCUAAGCGUGAGAAGAAGCAGCUUGAUCGUGUGUCGAAGAUGAACUCACCUACAGAUCUUACUCAGCUUGUUAAACAGCUUAAUGAGAUGAGACCAGAUCAUGAGAUGUACGCACCCAUGUACUACAAGGCAUUGUGCAUGGAUACGACGCAUCGCGUGGAGGAGUUUAUUCGAGCGAAGCCUAUUUUUCAUAGCGAAGAUCAAGCCCGAGCAAAUGGUCUUCCCAUCGCGCCCCAAGCCUCCCGUUCCAAUCGACAGCCUGUCAAGAGUCGCGAAGACCGUCCUCCCCGUCGUACGGAGCCGUAUGGACGACCACCUCUGAGGAAUUAUCAGGACAGACCACCCCCGCCACAUAUGGAUGAAUCGCGCACCUAUCCGACGCCCGCUACAGGAGCUAAUGCUGUACCACCGCCGCCCGGUUGCUAUGGCUGUGGAGAGCGGGGACAUCGGCUCAGCGCAUGCCCCACUAUCGACCAACUAGUUCGUCAAGGCAAGGUACGUCGUGAUCCUUAUUCUGGCCGAGUCACUCUCCUCGACGGAGGUGAUGUCAGGCGCACUCCCGGGGAAAGUACAAUGGCUCAAGCCAUUGAGCGACUAACCUCAGCGAACGUACAUUUCUUCUAUCCAGAUCAGUACGAUAGCGGAAGUGACGACGAUACUAACGCACGAGUUGGGAUGUUUUUUGCAGGAAUUUCGACUUACGGGAUCGACACUUCGGAAUCUGAAGCCGACUACGCCAUCGCCGUGAAUGACUCACAUUGGCAGUCAUUCUACCACUCACAGCAUUCCUGGGAAGAGGAGGAAGACGAAUUCUUUCAAGAGAAUUCGGACGACGACGAGCAGGAAUGGCUUAGCGAUGAGGAAGCCCAUGCAAUGCAUUACGCACCCGGGCCGGCAGUGUACAACAGAACGUUCCCCGCGAAGGAUCGCGCGGAGAAGGAGAAUGUUGGCACCAGAACUCGUCGGGAGAUGAUGGAUAGCGGUUCUCGACGCACUGGAUUGCGGGAUCCCAAGCCCCCUCAAUUGAUUCCUAGCAAGUACCGGGAUUUUCGAAUGCCUGCCGGUGUUCGGAAAGCGCCUCCACCGAAGCCUAAACAACCCACGCGUCCGCCGCGUGAGAUAGGCCGCACAGAAGACGUCGAAAUGGGACCCCCAGCACCACUUGAACCUAAUUCGGCGGACCCCAAGCCAGCGAGCGCGCCCGAUCAGCCACCACAAGAAGAGGGCCCAAGACUCAAUUCAAGCAAGCCCUUUGCCCAGCCGUCUUCGCGUCCGGAAUCCCAGCAUCACCCAACUGAGGCAGGAUCUCCGCCACCUCCCCGACGGGCUGUGCAGCGCGACCCAUACAAGACAUCGCCUCCUGUGAUCCCCGUUGAUGCACGACAGCCUAGAGUGCACUUUCCCGCGGAUGAAGCGCGCGAACGUGUGACCAGACUCGAGCCAGAGAGACCUUUGCGAGAAAUUCGACCGAACCGCGAAAAGAGUGAUGAGCGUCACGCACCAGACCAACCGAAGGUGCGCGUGCGCGGGCCAGCUCGAAUCGCACCGAUUUCCGAAGGGGUCUCUGCAAAGUCGUUCGUCGACAAUAUCCUAGAGCAAGCAGUCACGCUACCUAUCGGACAAGUGAUAGGAGUAGCUUCGAAGGAUGUCCAGGUUGAAUUCCACGAGCGACUCAAGCCGCGUUCGGUGUCGAAGCCUAGUACUUCCAAUCUUGUUGAGUACGAGGAGCAGCACGUUAGCUCAGUCGACGCAUUUGAGGCAGCAGUAGAUACGUACGCUCUCAACCCCGGAGACGACGCGUUAAUCACGCUGAAAGUCAUUUGCGAAGGCCGAGAGAUAAUUGCUAUUGUCGAUACUGGAUCACAGCUGAACGUGAUGAGAGGGGAACUCGCCGAAGACUUAUUCCUGCCCCACCGCCCGAUCGAUCUCGCCGGAGCUAUAGUAAUGAAUGAUGCGAACGGAGGAGAAGCCCGAUUGCGGGGUCUUGUAUCAGAAGUCGACCUGCAGCUAGCAGACUCGGACAUUCUCACAGUCGCGGAUAUCCAUAUCGGUAAGCGUUCACGACCUGACCGACCGGUAGGAUAUGACUUGCUGCUGGGAAGACCAUGGCAACGUCAGAACCUCAUCUCAAUAGACGAGCGCCCAGAUGGUACGUACCUCGAGGUACGCGACCCGAACGACGGGCACAAGCGCUAUGAGUUUCGCGUUCAACGACGUCCAGAUGUCAGUGCGGCUCUUCGAAGACAGCUAGCGCCUCUGCAUGACCGACGAUUAGCACCCAAGCAACGACCUGCACAGGAAAGGUUUGCCAAACAAGGAACAAACACUUACCUCCGUCAGGCCAGUUGCCUCGCGGUCGUGGCAGAGCCACUCAGUACAGACGGAGUCAAGAAGGAGAUUGUCUCUAAUGGGGAAAGAUCUUCGCCAUCAAGAUCUAAUCAAGUCGCGUACACACGGCCAAACAAGCGCGCGAGGGCCUUCUCUACGGACUCCAUCAUCAGUGGCAUCGCACUCGGUAUUGCCUCCCUCAUUCAGUACAUACAAUGUCCAUUGGGAAUCACAUUCUGUUUGGGUCUCGUCUCCCCUCUGCCCAGCACCUACCCGCGCGAUUUUCGGAAGGCCAUGAAGUAUAAGAGCAAGAUGUUCGCCCCCGGUCUCCUCAGCAGAAUACACGGAGUUCCAUCGAUCUUUCUACUCAUUGUCUGUACGCUCCUCCUUCACAUGCACAACGGAUACUUACGCUCCCGCGCAGAAGCCAUGGCUGAUCCCCAACGAGAGCUUCGUCAGCAGCUACGCGCCACCCUUCCGUCCAUCGAGAACUAUUACCUGUUCAAUUGCGCGGGCUUCGACGGCCCUCACGUGUCGCCUUUCCUAGUCCAACGACACCCCUCGGUCAACGGGGAUCGCGCCUUCGGAGCAUGGCCGCGUGUCUGUCCUGUUCCGCAAGGACUGACGCCCUACCAGACUCUGCACGCCGCCGCCGACCUCGCCUUCGACGUCGCUGAUCACGCGCCUCCCGACGAGUCGAUGUAUCAUCCCGUCUCCCUCUCAGGGAUGGGUAUGCCCAUCACGAUCGACAAGCGGGAUGAGCACGGUAACGUGUCGACGCAACUCGUCUGGCAUAAUGCCUGUCUCUCCGGCUACGACGAGGGCACCCGCAGCACCUAUACGCGUGUAGGUCACGCGAUCUGUCAUUUCUUCGACGACCAUGCGCCCGGCAACUACGUCUUCCCCGUCGCCACCGUCCAACCGCCUUACUUCAAGCGCAUUACCGCGGCCGGACGCAACCUCCACGUCUACGAGCCCUCCGUGUUCCAGCCCCCUACUGGAACGGUGGUAUCAUAUUUCGCCAGCGCGGAGACGGACGUGCCCGACGCCCCGUCUCGCCGCGGACCGAUUCCUUUUUUCCUACGCAACCACCCGCAGUAUCUCAAGCAUUUCCACCAGCGACUUGGCGACGAGCUAGUACGCCGGUUUCUCGACGAGCGCACGACCAUCCAGUACCCGCGGGCCUGUCGUAUCGGCACCGACACCGGGCUCGACGAAGACAGCGACGACGAGGAGCCUCGCUUCAUAGCGUGCCCUCCUCGUGAGCUGGGUCCCGACGUGUCCGACUGGCUAGUGGAGGACGCCUUUGAGCCGACGUCACCGACGUCGCCCCUGAGCAAUUCGGGAGACGUUCGGAUGAGCGCGCGCACGGAGGACCGCGACGCAGACCGCGAUGACGAGGACGAAGAAGUAGACGACGGAGACGACGAUGAAGACGACGGCGGCACCCAGCACGCCGAGGAGGGCACGCCAGACGACGCGUCGGGCAUCACUAGCCUCAGUUACGCGUCCAGCGACUCUUCGAGCCCCGAUCCGCUCGCACUCCCAAGCACCGUCAAGACCGACGCCGAGGAGAUUAUCGAGCCCGACGAGGAGCGUCCCUCGCGCAUGACGCGCGCCUCUCGCUCUCAGCGCACUUCGAAGUGGGUAGGACACUACACCUUCGGCGAAACCGCCCUUCUCGCCGACUCGCGCGCCGAUAUCGUGGAGAUGCCGCUUGGUAACCGCGACGCCCAGGUACUCCUUCUCACCACACGCGACGCACGAGCUAACACGCCUCAUCCUUUCUUCAAGAAUGGGGUCAAGCGUGCGCUUCCCGUGGUGCUCGAUAAGCGGCCCUGCGAGGACGAACUUCGACCGGAUUUUACCGUGGCUGGGGGCCUCUCAAGCGGCGCCGACUCCUCAAGCCGUGAGCCUGCCAAUGGCGCUGCGACCCCCGACGAUCUAGCUUAUCCUUCCGACUCUUCGAGCGCCUCGUUCUCGCCCUUCCAUAUCGCCCCGCCGACGUCUGCCAGCGAUAUCUCACCAUACGACACGCCGCUUUGUCCUCCCUGCCUCAAGAAUCUUCACCCAGGGGACGUGUACAAAGGCUGUCCAGACCCUAUCGAGCAUCGCGCGCGCGCCAAGGCGACGAUAGGGGGAGAGAUUUCCAUGGGGUACGACUCCGAUUCCGAAUCUAUUCCCGGCCUAUGCUUAUCCCCACCCGCCAUUUACAGUUCACUUCCGCCUCAGCUACGUCGAGCUCAGUCCUUGCCCGCUAUCGCAGUACACUGCCCGACGUCACCGAGCUCAUCCGAGCUGAGCUCUAUCGUCUUUGCGAACCCCGACACGGGUGAUGAUCAUCGCUUGUACGUGCACGCAACUCGCAGUCCGUCGAACGACUCCAUUGACUACGAGACAAGUGCGUUCCGUCCGCCUUCACGCGCGUCUACACCGCCAUCCUCGACGUCCUCCUCGAUGCCGCCGCUUCAGGAGGACCGGCAUUGGUACCCUCGGCCUAAUAAGUCCUCGAUGGAAGAUGUUUGGCACGACCUACGGCGCAUCGGCACGACAAUCGACCUCAUGCACUCUCUCGAGGACGCAAUCGGCUUACUUAUUGCACGACGACAAAUGGCAUCACGACUCACCGGCGAAGAACGCGCGAGAGAGCUGAAGGCCGUCAUCGCUGUCGUGGAGAAGCGCCUUCUCGACAUGAUCGACCUCAACGAGGACGAGAUCAUCCCGGACGACUUCGGCCAGCCGCCAUACGAGGUCAUGGUUCAAUUUCGCUCAUCGCUUCAGCGUGCUCGCCUCGCCAUCUGCGAUCUCCUCAUGCACGAAAUACACCAGGACGACACGCUGGUCAGCGAAGGCUGGCACCAGAUCGACCUCGCGCCGCCCAGUAUGCUCAACGAGUUUCGCUCGCGUUGCGUCACCAACGAAGACCGACUCCUACACGAAUGGUAUCACCUGUCGCUUCCCCACCUACCCGAGGAUAUCGGCGGCGUCCCGCCCGAACUCUCAUAUGCCACCCGUGACGAGUUCAUUGAGAUCUCGGAGAAGCACCGUGACUACGCGCUUCCGCCACCCAUUCGCGAAGUUGCGCCGCCAUCCCUUGCUGGCCCGAUCACCGACGCGCUCGACAAGGUUCAGCUACCCGCGACGUUCAACCCUUUCCUCUACCAGGAGGAGGCGCUGUUCCUACUCGCCUUUGCGGACGCGAUUACGGGCUACCGCAUGCAGACUUCUCGGAGCAAUUACUCGACUAUUCUCAUCACCGAACCGGACGAUACACGUGCGCUCGUCGCCCGAGAACUGCCGCAUACCGGCUAUCUCGUACGUGGCUGGUUACGCGUUGGCUAUCUCGGGGGACCGCAUCGCUUGGCUUCCUCUUUCGCGCGCGCGCGAGUGGAGCAGCAACGCGGCCCCCAGCGGCUUUAG